CUAGGCUGGCGACCUAGAGGCUUUGCAGUGAAGCGGAUCCUGGUGCCUUCUCCCCAGGCCUCUUGGAGGCCAGCUUCGUUUGGGGAGUGAUGCAAGGCGGAUUUUUACCCUCCAGCGCCUACUGUGUGCCUGGCGCGUGCUGAGUACUCACGCUUCUUACCUCCAGGCCUCCCUGCACCCAGGCAGGGGGCUCACGCCUUUCCCACUGGAAACACUGGCCGGGAGUCACCAAGGCAAAAUGGAUAGGGAGGGACCCAGUGUCUUCCUCUUCCUCGGUUUACUUCGUUGUUUGGAUGAAGCACAUCCUCCAGUAGCUUCCUGAGAAAGAAUGCCUGGGAGACACAGAGCCAGAGCAGGAUUCAACAUCCUCCUGGAAUCUGAGAAUGGACCACCUGGGGACAAGGAGGUCCAUUGGGCCCUGAGAGAAUGCUCAGAGGCGAGGAGGCGAGCAACUGUUUUAACCCCACCCCCCAGCUUUGGAUGUGUCAGCACCUGCUGGAGUUCCGGAAGUGGCUGGAGUUUAAUCUGAAGGCUGAUGCUUCUGUUUGCUUGUGGGAGCGGCAGAGGCUGCGUUGGGUCUUCAUUGCUGCACGCGGGCUUUCUCUAGCUGCGAGAGAUUGACAUUUACACGGAUGGGGAGCUACAAACCACAAGAGACUUAAGAGCCACGUAAGAGCCACGUGAACAAUCCCAAGAUCCAUAUGUUAAACUGCUGCUUGAUGCCAUGAAGCAUUCGGGCUGCGCUGUUAACAAAGAAAGACACUUUUCUUGUGAAGAUUGUAAUGGAAAUGUCAGUGGAGGUUUUGAUGCUUCAGUGUCUCAGAUUGUUUUGUGCCAGAAUAAUAUCUGUAAUCAGGCGCAUAUGAACAGAGUGGUCACCCAUGAGCUCAUUCACGCAUUCGAUCAUUGUCGAGCUCAUGUCGACUGGUUCACCAACGUCAGGCACUUGGCUUGCUCUGAGGUUCGAGCUGCUAACCUUAGUGGAGACUGCUCACUUUUAAAUGAAAUAUUCAGGUUACAUUUUGGAUUAAAACGACACCAUCAGACUUGUGUGCGAGACAGAGCCAUUCGUUCUAUCCUGGCUGUUAGGAACAUCAGCAAAGAAGUAGCUCAGAAGGCUGUUGAUGAAGUUUUUGAAUCUUGUUUCAAUGACCAUGAACCUUUUGGAAGGAUCCCUCAUAAUAAGACCUAUGCAAGAUAUGCUCAUAGAGACUUUCAAAACCGGGAUCGGUACUACUCAAACAUAUGAAGACGAUGACAUUUUAUAUGGCAGAGCUUCAGUGAUCAUGAAGAAAGUAUGGUUCCCAAGUGGACAAACAUAAAACGUAAAUGAUUAAAUACAGAGAAGACACAGAAGAUUCUAGCACAGAAGAUUCUAGCAUCAGAAAAAGUAACUGUGGUAAGAAAUGAAACUGCCUUAAACUCCAAGGCAAAAAUUGUAUCUUUGUAGCUAACCAUUUGGUAAAUAAGGCGAAUAAAUAGCAUUUUUAAAUUUUCUACAA